ACCUCUCUUGUGCACACAGCAGAGACAGUUCGCCUGAAAUACUUUCUGAAAUUAUUCAUUCAAAUGCGUAAACCAGUUAUGCUAGUCGGCCCAGGUGGAUCUGGAAAAUCCAUUAUUGUCAAUGAAAAGCUGAGCAGUCUCAGUGAAAAUUUUGCCCAUUUAAAUGUUCCUCUAAACUUUUACACUACAUCUGAAAUGUUGCAGAAAGUCCUUGAGAAAUCUUUGGAGAAGAAAGCUGGCCGCAAUUACGGACCACCCGGAAACAAAUUCAUGAUAUAUUUUGUAGAUGAUCUCAAUAUGCCUGCGGUUGAUCGCCAUGGCACUGUUCAACCUCACACUUUAAUUAGACAGUGGAUGAACUACCAGCAUUGGUAUGACAGAAGCAAAUUGACUUUGAAAGAUAUUCACAAUAUACUAUUCUUUGCAUGCAUGAACCCAACUGCUGGCAGUUUUACGAUCGAUCCACGAUUACAACGACACUUCUUUGUUUUCGCCACCAGCUUUCCGAGUUCGGAAUGUUUACACCACAUAUACUCGUCUAUUUUAAAGCAACAUAUGAAUAGUCAUCAUCAGAAAUUUCCGCUCUCAGUGAUUCGUCAUGGGGAUUUGAUCGUUCAACUUGCGCUCACGAUGCAUGCUAAAAUGUCUCAAACAUUUUUACCCACCGCAAUAAAAUUCCAUUACUCUUUCAACCUAAGAGAUUUAACAAAUGUCUUCCAGGGAAUUAUGUUUGCUAAUGGAGAUUGUGUUCCAACUCCCGGAAGAUUUGUCCGGCUGUGGAUGCAUGAGACUUGCCGAGUCUAUGGUGAUAAGUUGGUUGAUUUGAAGGAUCAGGAUACGUUCAACAAACUUUUAAUUGAAAAUAUCAAAAAAGUAUUCCAGGAGCUACCAGAAUCAGAGUACAUGGAGAAACCACUGAUUUACUGUCAUUUUGUGGAAGGACUGGGUGAUCCAAAAUAUAUGCCAGUAACAAAGUGGAGUUUGCUAUCAAAGCUCCUGUCUGAUGCUAUGAACCAGUAUAAUGAUCUAGUAUCAGCUAUGAAUCUAGUAUUAUUUGAAGAUGCCAUGAGUCAUAUUUGCAGGAUAAAUCGCAUAAUGGAGUCUCCCAGAGGCAAUGUAUUACUGGUCGGCGUGGGAGGAAGUGGAAAACAGUCCCUUGCCCGGUUAUCAGCCUUUAUCUCUGGUCUCGAACCAUUUCAGAUUCAACUAAAAAAGGGCUAUGGUGUCAACGAUAUGAAAUUCGAUCUAGCUAACCUGUACCUCAAAACUGGUUUAAAAAAUAUUGGUAUUAUGCUGCUAAUGACUGACUCGCAAAUAAUCGACGAAAAAUUCUUGGUUCUAAUAAAUGAUAUGCUCGCAUCCGGUGAGAUACUAGACUUAUUCACAGAUGAGGAAGUUGAUCAUAUCAUCAAUGCAAUCAAACCUGAGGUGAAAGGAGCUGGUUUGAUGGACACGCGCGAAAUUUGCUGGAAAUUCUUUGUUGAUAGAGUACGAAAAUUAUUGAAAAUCAUCCUGUGUUUUUCGCCUGUGGGACCAAGUUUUCGAAUUAGAGCUCGUCGGUUCCCUGCAAUCAUUAAUUGUACAUCCAUAAAUUGGUUCUACGAGUGGCCACAAGAAGCACUUGAAUCUGUUUCUAAACGAUUCCUUGGUGAAGUUGAGGAACUACCGGAAAAUCUUGUUGGAUCAGCAUCUUCCUUUAUGGCUUUUGUUCAUACCUCUGUUAAUAAGGUAUCCACUUCAUAUUUCCAAAAUGAAAGACGAUUUAACUACACUACCCCCAAAUCUUUCCUAGAGCAAAUAUUACUUUAUCGUAAAUUGUUGAAAAGUACCACCGUCAAAAUUUCGAGCGGAAUUCAUCGAUUUCAAACUGGGUUACAAAAAUUGCUAAACUGUGCUCAACAGGUGGAUGGGUUGCAGAAAGAAUUAGCUGUGAAAGAAGUUGAGUUGACAGAGAAAAACGCCAGAGCUGAGGAGUUGAUAAAAGUCGUGGGAAAAGAACAGCUGAAAGUGGCCGAUGAAAAACAGUUUGUCGCUGAGGAAGAACGAAAGGUCCGUAUAAUUGAAGAGGAUGUUUCCAUGAAGCAACGAUGCUGUGAGGAGGAUUUGGAUCGGGCUGAACCUGCUCUUGUUGCUGCACAGGCUGCCUUGGAUACACUAAAUAAAAAUAAUUUGACAGAACUGAAGUCAUUCGGUAGUCCACCUCCGGCAGUAGCAAAUGUUACCGCUGCUGUCAUGGUCUUAUUUGCUGCCAAAGGAAAAAUUCCAAAAGAUCGUAGCUGGAAAGCUUGCAAGUUAAUGAUGGCCAAACUCGAUGCAUUUCUUGAUGCACUCCUUCACUAUGACAAAGAAAAUAUUCAUCCUGAUGUUGUGAAAGGAAUUCAACCGUAUUUGAAAGACCCAGAAUUUGACCCGGAUGCUGUACGCUCCAAGUCUACAGCUGCUGCAGGUCUCUGUGCUUGGGUCAUCAACAUAAUGAAGUUUCAUGAUGUUUGGGUAGUUGUUGAACCAAAACGACGAGCUUUGGUCACGGCAAACUGUGAGUUAGCGGCAGCCCGCAAUAAAUUGGCAGAGCUGAAGCUUCGUAUAAGUGCUCUCGAGGCAAAAUUACAAGAUCUGACUAAUAAAUUUGAAACUGCGGUGAAUGAAAAGCUUGUUUGCCAAGCCCAGGCUGAUGAAUGCUCAGAAAAAAUUGAUCUAGCCAACAGACUAGUGAAUGGACUUGCCUCUGAGAAUGUGAGGUGGCGAGAAAGCGUUACCACCUUUCAGAAAAACGCAUUUACCUUACCUGGAGACAUCCUGUUGGUAACAGCAUUUAUAUCUUACGUUGGAUGUUUCACUCGAGCAUACCGGGAGAAAUUAUUAAAGAGUCACUGGCUUCCCUUCCUGAAAAAGUUGAAGCCGGAAAUACCCUUGACACCUUUUGUUGAACCUUUGAACAUUUUAGCAGACUCGGCAAUGAUAGCCUCCUGGAAUAAUGAAGGUCUUCCCAAUGAUCGAAUGUCUGCAGAAAAUGCCGUCAUCGUAAUAAACUCUGAAAAGUGGCCGCUAUUGAUCGAUCCUCAGCUUCAAGGUAUAAAAUGGAUAAAAAAUAAGUAUGGUGAUCAUUUGAACGUGGUUCGUCUUGGUCAAGAUCAAACAAUGGACAUCUUAGAGGAAUGUCUACGUGAUGGGCGACCUCUAUUGAUUGAAAACAUCGGAGAAAGCCUUGACCCCAUUUUAUCCAAUCUAAUAGCUCGGAAUUUAAUUCACAGAGGAAAAGCAGUCAAAGUGGGUGAAAAAGAAAUGAUAUUCAACCCAAAGUUCCGCCUCAUUCUGCAAACCAAACUGGCAAAUCCUCAUUAUAAACCGGAAUUGCAAGCACAAACCACGUUGAUAAAUUUCACUGUUACUCACAAAGGAUUAGAAGAACAACUACUCGCGGAGGUAGUAAAAGCAGAACGCCCUGACCUUGAGGAAUUGAAAUCAAGCUUGACAAAACAGCAGAACAACUUCAAAAUCGCACUGAAGCAGCUAGAGGAUGAAUUACUCCUACGACUAUCUUCGGCUGGAGGUGAAGUUUUAAGCGACAAAAAUCUUGUCCUAAAUCUUGAACAAUCCAAAUUGAUGGCGAAAGAUAUUGAAGAACAAGUGGUCGAAGCCAAACUGACCGCUGCUGAGAUUGACAAGGCAAGAGAAAAAUAUAGGACUGCCGCCACUCGAGCAUCUAUUAUCUACUUCAUCAUGAGUGAUCUGUACAAGAUUAAUCCAAUUUAUCAAUUUUCUCUCAAAGCAUUCAGCAUUGUUUUUCAAAAGGCGAUUGUAUCUGCAGAGCCAUCGGUUGACAUCCAUGAAAGAGUAAGGAAUCUGGUAGACAACAUUACUUUCAUGAUCUUUAUGUACACAAGUCGUGGACUGUUUGAGAGUGAUAAGCUAAUUUUUUUGGCCCAGAUGGCAAUUCAGAUCCUGGCCAUUGCCAAUGAAAUAAAAGCUGAAGAAUUGGACUUUGUUCUUCGUUUUCCCUACGUAACUGGAUUAACCAGCCCUGUAGAUUUCUUAACCAGCCAGUUAUGGGGUGGCAUUAAGGCUCUUGCAAUGAUGGAUGAUUUCAGAGGAUUGGACAAAGAUAUUGAAGGAGCUGCUAAGAGAUGGAAAAAAUUUGUGGAAGGGGAAUGUCCUGAACGCGAUAAAUUGCCUCAAGAGUGGAAAGCAAAAACAGCCCUACAAAGACUCUGCAUUAUGCGCUCACUAAGACCGGAUAGAAUGACUUAUGCUGUUCAGUGUUUUAUUGAAGAAAAACUUGGGGCAAAAUUUGUGGAGGCUCGAAGUAUCGAAUUCGAAAAAUCCUUUCAAGAAGCUGGUGCAACCAUUCCGAUCUUUUUUAUCUUAUCUGCAGGUGUUGAUCCAACCAGAGAUGUGGAGCGCGUUGGCAAAAAAAUGGGGUUUACAGCAGAUGAACGGAACCUGCAUAACGUCUCUCUUGGUCAAGGUCAAGAAAGCAUUGCAGAAGAGGCUCUUGAAUUUUCCGCAAAAAAUGGGCACUGGCUAAUACUUCAGAAUGUUCAUCUAGUCAAAAAUUGGUUGCCAACUUUGGAUAAGAAAAUGGAGAAGUCGUUUGAGAACCCUCAUCCUAAUUACCGUUUAUUCAUUAGUGCUGAGCCUUCUCCGGAUCCAGAGUUUCAUGUAGUUCCACAAGGAAUCCUUGAGUCCUCCAUAAAGAUAACCAACGAGCCUCCCACUGGAAUGUUGGCCAAUUUACAUAAGGCUUUGGAUAAUUUCAACCAGAAUUCAUUAGAAAUGUGUUCAAAGGAGGGAGAAUUUAAAGCCAUCUUGUUUUCAUUGUGUUAUUUCCACGCUUGCAUCGCAGAGAGAAACAAAUUUGGUCCACAAGGAUGGAAUCGGAGCUAUCCUUUUAAUGUUGGAGAUUUGACGAUUAGUGUUCAUGUUUUAUUUAACUACCUUGAGGCCAACUCGAAAGUUCCAUGGGAAGAUCUACGAUAUUUAUUUGGAGAAAUCAUGUAUGGAGGUCACAUAACUGAUGAUUGGGAUAGAAGGCUGUGUCGAACAUAUUUGGAAGAAUUUAUGUCAUCUGAUCUGAUGGACGGUGACAAAUAUUAUGCCCCUGGUUUUCCUGCUCCGCCCAACAGUGAUUACUUGGGAUACCACAAUUACAUUGAUGACAUGCUGCCACAAGAAAGUCCUACCCUAUACGGAAUGCAUCCAAAUGCUGAAAUAGGAUUUCUUACAACAAAGGCAGAGCAUUUGUUCAAAACACUUCUUGAACUACAGCCGCGGGAGUCCACGACCUCUGUCACAGGAACAAUUUCACGCGAAGACAAGGUGAGACAAGUUUUAGAUGAAAUCCUCGACAAAGUUCCAGAUGAAUUCAAUAUACCUGAUAUGAUAAGUAAAAUUGAAGAUAAAACACCAUUCACUGUGGUGGCAGUGCAAGAAUGUGAGCGAAUGAACCUUCUGAUGCGAGAGAUACGCCGGUCUUUGAAAGAAUUGAGCCUUGGCCUUAAGGGUGAACUUUCCAUAACAGGCGACAUGGAAAAUCUUGAAAAUGCUCUUUUUUUCGAUCUAGUUCCCUCAGAAUGGGUGAAACUUGCCUAUCCAUCCAUGCUGAAUCUUGGGUGCUGGUUCUCCGACCUUAUGAUUCGCUUGAAAGAAUUAGAGGCAUGGAUCAGCGAUUUCGGACUUCCUUCAACCAUUUGGCUCAGUGGCUUUUUUAAUCCUCAAUCAUUUCUGACUGCUGUAAUGCAAAGUGCUGCUCGGAAGAAUGAAUGGCCACUCGAUAAAAUGUGCCUCCAGUGUGAGGUAACCAAGAAAAUGAGAGAAGAUUUCUCUGCUCCUCCUCGGGAAGGCGCGUACAUAAGUGGCUUGUUUAUGGAAGGUGCUAGAUGGGAUGUUGCCUCAGGCAUGAUUGCAGAGUCAAAAUUGAAAGAACUGUUUCCUCAAAUGCCUGUAAUAUACGUCAAAGCAUUGAUCGAAGACAAGCAUGACCUGAUCAAUCUUUACGAGUGCCCAAUAUACAAAACACGGAUGAGAGGGCCGACUUACGUUUGGACCUUCAAUUUGAGGACACGUGAAAAGCCAGCAAAAUGGAUCGUAGCUGGAGUUGCCCUUCUACUUUCAGUGUAGUCCUUCAUUGUUUACAUAUCAUUUGCCGCGUAGCGGCCAGGGGCCGGGGCCUCCUACUUAAUUUCUCAAUUUGCGAAUAACACGUGGCUAGAAAAAUGUGCAUGCAGGCCCGCCACAUUCCAUCUCGGGCCCUGGUACCAGUUGUAAGGCCCAGGCCCCCAGCACGGAGGCGGGGGGGGGGUGUCCAAGGGGCCUUCCUCGGGAAAUUUUUGAAAUUUUAAAUCUAUUUGGACGCAUUUUGAAGCUUCAAUGACGAAGAUUCUCCAUCAGUUUCUGCAGAAUAAUUACG